AGUGUGCUGGAGCCUGCACCUGGCCCUGACUGCCUGGUUGUCACUAUCCUGGAGGUGCCAGAGGAUGUGUCCCCGCCUGAGGGCCUGGGCGGGCUGGAGGUGGUGGGGCUCUACCACCCCACCAGCCUGGGCUCAGUGCCCUGCCACAGCCCUGGGCAGAAGUGCCACUCCUGGGGGAGGCGAGCUGCUCCCCGCUGCAUCCUGGGUGUCCUUGGCCUCCUCUACUUCAGCUCCCUGCCAUUCGGCAUCUACCUCCUGCUCAUCGAGCACCACGGCCUGGGCAUCGUCCUAGUCAGCCUCGUGCCCUCCACCCUCCUCCUCUGCAUUGUCUACAGCCUCUGUCAGUGUCUGUGCCGGGAAGUCUUCAGGUUCUCCCACUCCUGA